AUGGCCCCCUCCCAGCUCCCCCCGGUUUUCAACCCUACCUCGCAGGACAUUGAGAUGCUCCUUGCUGCUCAGUGCCACCUCGGUUCCAAGAACCUCCAGGUGCACAUGGAGCCCUACCUCUGGAAGACCCGUCCCGAUGGUGUCAACGUCCUCAACAUCGGCAAGACCUGGGAGAAGAUCGUUCUGGCUGCCCGUAUCAUCGCUGCCAUCGACAACCCCGCCGAUGUCUGUGUCAUCUCCGCUCGUCCCUACGGCCAGCGCGCUGUCCUGAAGUUCGCCGCCCACACCGGUGCCACCGCCAUUGCCGGUCGCUUCACCCCCGGUAACUUCACCAACUACAUCACCCGCUCUUUCAAGGAGCCCCGCCUCAUCGUCGUGACCGAUCCUCGCACCGACGCCCAGGCCAUCAAGGAGGCCAGCUACGUCAACAUCCCCGUCAUUGCCCUUUGCGACACUGACUCCCCCACCGACUUCGUCGAUGUUGCCAUCCCCACCAACAACAAGGGUCGUCACGCCAUCGGUCUCGUCUGGUGGAUGCUCGCCCGUGAGAUCCUCCGUCUCCGCGGCACCCUGGCCACCCGUGAGACCGAGUGGGACACCGUUGUCGAUCUCUACUUCUACCGCGACCCCGAGGCCGAGGAGAACAAGGAGAUCGCUGAUGAGGCCAAGGUCGCCACCACCGAGGAGGUUGGCGCCGCUGCCGUCGAGUCUGGCUUCGCUGGUGAGAACUGGGAUGCUUCCGCUCCUGGUGCUGGUAACCCCGGCACUGCCUUCGCUGCCGCUUCCGCCGCUGCCGCUGCCACCUCCUGGGACCAGGCCGGUGAUGCUGACUGGGCUACCGCCGCUGAGCCCCAGCCCGCUGCUGCCUCCGGCGAGGCCACUUGGUAA